GUUCGAUCCGAUCAGAUACGAGAUCAAUCGAGUAUUGUGAUAUCAUGGAGCCGCCGCCACCGCCGCCGGAAGCGUGCGAGAUCGAUCGGCUGCCGGAGGAGCUCCUGGAGCACGUGCUAUCCCCUCACGUCGCCGGCGUGCGCCUGCCGCGUCGCCGCCGUCUCCCGCGCCUUCCGCGCCGCCGCGUACUCCGACGCCCUCUGGUCCCGCGACCUCCCGCAGUUCGCCAAGGGCGAGUUCCCGAGACGCACGCUGCUGUUCUGGACCAAGAAGUCCCUCUUCCGACGCCUCUCCGAGCAACCCACCUACCUCCCGGGCAAGCUCAUCCGAAUGCAGCUGGACAGGGCCACCGGCGUCCAGUGCUUUGCGAUUUCGGCGAGGGCGAUGCAGAUUUGGUGGCCCAAGGAGCGCCCCUGGUCCUACGUCCACUGGUACCCUGUACUAUGUUCUUGUGGCUGCAUCGAAGGAGGCCACAGAAGGUUUCAAGGCGUCGUGCUCCAUUGUGUUCACAGGCUGGACGUCCGCGCCAAGUUCCCGAGGAAGUUGCUCUCCCAAGACACCACCUACGCGGCGUACAUGCUGUUCAAGCAUCGCACAUCCUACAAGCUGAAACAUCUGACGCACCUGGAGCUGGAGGCGUCCGUUGGCGUCGCCGGGAGCGAAUCGACCCGGCGUGUUGCCCUCCGAGGUUACGUCGACGAUAGGCCCGGCUACCGUAUUGGCCAGCCGUCGUCUCGGGAAUACGUCUUGCCAUCUCACGCAGCAAUUUGUCCUGGAAAGGGGGACAUUGUUUUUCCUCGGAAGAGGGAUGGUGAUGAUUGGUUAGAGGUGGAGCUUGGCGAGUUCCACAAUGAGAAAGGCGACGACAGCGGCGAGGUGUCCAUGAGCGUCGUGGACACGGUGGAAGGCCGCUACAGAGGUAGACUUGUUGUGGGGAGCAUUGAGCUUAGAAGCAAGCAGCGCAGGCCAACGAGAUUUUAGAAUUGAAGCAACACGUAGAGAGAAGCUGAAAAAAGAUUUUAUAAAUUGGAUCCAAAGUUUUAAGGUUUUGCUAUAUCUA